GUAACAGCGCGGGGCCGCUCCGGCCGCGACACCUUCGCCCCGCGGCCGCUCGGGGCCCCGGGGCAGCGCCGGCCGCUCCCGUCCCGGCCCCGCCGCUCCAGCCGGACCCGCCCCUCUCCCAGUCUCCUUCGCGGCUCCCCCUCCCGAGCCAGGCGGAGCUGGAGCUGGCAGCGACGUCGUUCCUCGCCGCCGCCUCUCCCCAGUGACCGAGGGCACCGGCGCUGCCUGGGGGGGCCCCGUUCUCCGGCCGCCGCCCGACGCCUCAUCCCCGCCUCUGCCGGAGCCGGCGCUGCCCGCGGAGCAGCCAUGAGCUGGGGCACGGAGCUGUGGGAUCAGUUUGAUAACUUGGACAAGCAUACACAGUGGGGCAUUGACUUCUUGGAGAAAUACGCCAAAUUUGUGAAAGAAAGGAUAGAAAUUGAGCAAAACUAUGCAAAACAACUGAGAAAUCUGGUUAAGAAGUACUGUCCUAAACGCUCACCAAAAGAUGAGGAACCCAGGUUUACUUCGUGUAUUGCCUUUUUUAACAUCCUCAAUGAGUUGAACGACUAUGCAGGACAGCGAGAAGUAGUUGCCGAAGAAAUGGGACACAGAGUCUAUGGAGAAUUGAUGAGAUACUCUCACGAUCUAAAAACUGAGAGAAAAAUGCAUCUUCAGGAAGGGCGAAAGGCUCAGCAGUAUCUGGACAUGUGCUGGAAACAGAUGGAUAACAGCAAAAAGAAAUUUGAGAGAGAAUGCAGAGAGGCAGAAAAGGCCCAGCAAAGCUAUGAACGACUGGACAAUGAUACUAAUGCGACAAAGGCUGAUGUUGAGAAGGCUAAGCAACAGUUAAACCUGCGCACGCAUAUGGCUGAUGAAAACAAAAAUGAAUAUGCUGCACAACUUCAGAAUUUUAAUGGGGAACAGCACAAACACUACUACAUUGUCAUUCCUCAGAUUUACAAGCAACUUCAAGAAAUGGAUGAAAGAAGGACUAUCAAACUUAGUGAAUGUUACAAAGGCUUUGCUGACUCUGAGCGCAAGGUUAUUCCAAUUAUCUCAAAAUGCUUAGAAGGGAUGAUCCUUGCAGCAAAAUCAGUUGAUGAACAUAGAGACUCUCAACUAGUGAUAGACUGCUUCAAAUCUGGUUUUGAACCUCCUGGAGAUUUUCCAUUUGAAGACUACAGUCAGAAUAUUUACAGAACUAUCUCUGAUGGAACCAUCAGUACACCAAAGCAAGAGGGAAUGAGAAUUGAUACGAAAACUACAGUCGGCAAGGCUAAAGGAAAGCUGUGGCUAUUUGGAAAGAAACCAAAGGGCCCUGCACUAGAAGAUUUCAGCCACCUCCCUCCGGAACAAAGACGCAAGAAACUGCAGCAGAGAAUCGAUGAACUUAACAGAGAGCUACAGAAGGAAACAGACCAAAAAGAUGCCCUCAUCAAGAUGAAGGAUGUUUAUGAAAAAAAUCCCCAGAUGGGUGAUCCAAGCAGUUUGCAACCAAAAUUAACUGAGACUAUGAGCAAUAUGGACCGUCUUCGGAUGGAAAUACACAAGAAUGAGGCCUGGCUCUCUGAAGUUGAAGGUAAAGUGGCAGCCAGGAGCGACAGGCGGCACAGCAGCGACAUCAACCACCUUGUCACCCAGGGCCGAGAGAGCCCUGAAGGGAGUUACACGGAUGAUGCCAACCAGGAAGUUCGUGGCCCACCACAGCAGCACGCUCAUCCCAAUGAGUUUGAUGAUGAGUUCGAAGAUGAUGAUCCAUUACCAGCUAUAGGACAUUGCAAGGCAAUAUAUCCCUUUGAUGGUCAUAAUGAAGGCACUCUAGCAAUGAAAGAAGGGGAAAUUUUGUACAUUAUUGAGGAGGACAAAGGAGAUGGGUGGACAAGAGCUCGAAGACAUAAUGGAGAGGAAGGCUAUGUGCCAACAUCAUAUAUAGAUGUAACGCUAGAGAAAAACAGCAAAGGUGCAGUAACCUAUAUCUAACAGUAAACUGGCAGCUCUCAGUUGUACAUUCCCCAGGGAAAGUAGUGGAAAAAAUGUAAGUUAUACAGGCUCAUGGAAAGAAUUACAGAAUCAGAAGUCAGCAAUGAUCUGUUGUUUGCAUGGGGAAUUAGCUGUAGUUCUUUUCAGAGAUGACCACAUUAAAUUAAGUAUCUUACACUGGUCUAUAAUUUUGACCAAUGUCUUCUGCUUUCCUGCUUUACAAAGCACUAAAUCCAAUUCAGUUAUUGAACUGAAAAAGACCAGGAUUCCUGCUUUGUUCUGUGGAAUACUUAGAGAACUGAAAAAGUACUUUAGUUUCAAAGAUCUCUAAGAUUUGCUGUUCACACUUUUAUGACUUAAACUAUAUUCUUAAAACAGAGAUCUUUUUCCUCUAAUAACUAACUGAACUCAGUUACUGAAAAUUAUUAAUUUCCUUCCGUAGCAAAUACUUGGCAGCUUUCACUUCUUAAACAGGAAAAUGUUUUCUGAUUCUGAAAGUUCAACAAAAAUACUCAGGAAAAAAACAUUAUGAUUAAGAAGGACAGAAAGUCCACUGACCUAUCUCCUUCCUUUUCAGUACUUGUAAUGUAGAAUGUUCUGUAUUGGACAUGACGUCAUUGUUCUAACUCUAGAUACCUUGAACAAACAAAAAAAGAUCACAAGUAAUGCUUGAUGUCUUACUGGAAACUCUCCGCUCCUGAUAAGGGAAUGAAUGAUUUUAUAUUCUUAAUCUGUGCCUGUAAAGCUAAGUCUUUUAAUUGUAUUGUGUUUAGUCUAAAGACAGUGUCUUAAAUGUACAGCAAUUUUCCUCAUUGUUAAAUCACUGAGGUUUGGAAACUGCAUUGCACAACUUGAUUACUGGAAAAAAACAGCUAAUUUUGUAUUUCUAAUGAGAGCUUGUGGAAUUAAGUACAAGGCUAAUGUAUAGCCACUGAGAAUGGCCUUUUAGAAAUGAGCACGCUUCUCUGUCUUCUAAAGGCCUUCAGUAACUUUGUUCUUUUCUUUUUCCUCUUGGACUGCAGGUUCCUGAAGCGGGUUUCUGAGAAAAUGGGCGAGAUCUUGAAGGAGGUUACAUGCAGCUGCUGGGGGGGUGGGGGUGGGGAGGGGAGGGGUACUAGACUGGGAGGCCCAAGGGAAAAGCUAGUUGCAUGAAUGCAUGCAGACAUACAUUUAGUAGUCACUAACAUCUUAGCAUCUCCAUAUAUAGGUAAGGAUGUAUUACAAAAUCUUCAAUUUGUGCAGGAGAAUAGAGUUCCAUUACCAGAGUAAAAAGGCUACUGCUCCUGAAAUUGCUUUAUUUUCAUUGUCCUAGGUUGUCCCAGGUGCACAAACUAUAUUUUAGCUUGUGCUACAUUUUGAUUUUCUCAGUUAUGCUCUUUUCCACCUCACCUUUAUUGGCAGUCAUUUAGAGCCCUGUGUCAGUUAUCAGUCUGCCUGUGCCACCUCCAUGCUCGCCGUUAACCUCCUCCUGCAUGCCUAGGACAGUCAGGCAUGUUCUGUGUAACACUUUGUCAUCAUUGCUGUCUUAUUUUGUAACAAAUCAUUUUCUUUAAAUAUCUUCAGCACUAGAGUUUCAUCCCAGUAUCCAUGUAUGCUGCUAUAACAAUACCACUGCAACCAUCAUUACAUUCCAGAUGUCUGGCAUAACUGAUAAGCGACUUUAAGGUAUUCUGUUAAUUUGGGGAAAUAAUGCAUCUCAGCUCUAGCCUACAAUGCAAUCAAGAGAAACUCCGAGAACUGUGGUCCAUCUUCAGCCCUUCAGUAACCUGUUGUGAGCACUGACAGCCUGGAGCACAACCAGAGGAUUCACCACUGCAAGCUAAUGACUGUUUUCAGAAGUCAACCACUUGCCAUUCAACUGCUGCCUUAAACUAGAGUGCCUAAAUCUGUUGUUUGCCAACACUACCACUUACAGUAUCCCACAAAGGGCUUUGUGUCUCAGCUCUUCUCAGUGCUGCAGCUGCUGAGGUAGCCACGGUAGGUGUUUUCUAGAGCUCUACUUUACUGGAUACAUGGUGCAUCCAUGAAUUUUAUACAUUGAAACGUGUAUCUCUUCAUUUGACUUUAAUAUUUUUUUAAAAGAUUUUUAUGGAAACUGUCUUUUAGUUUUUCACUAUGACGUUCCAAUUUCAAUUACUGCAGUGCUAGUCCAUUUCCAUGUGAUGCUUCAUUGUAUGGACCAGGUGACAUUUGAGUGACACUUCAUCAUGAUCUUUGUGCACUUUUACUUGUAAACAAUUGAAAUUUGGAUAUGUUUAUACGUGUAAAUAUAGUUGUCUGCAGUGCCCCUAUUGCUUAUGUUGUCUUGCCUCCCAUUUGUGGUUCUAUUAAUAAAUGCAUCAUAUCUGAUUGAUUAGGGUGAUAAGAAUUAGACUAGAGAUGUUGGGGGGAGGGAUACUUACAUCAACACAAGCUUGUCAACCCAGCCACCUGCUGUUUGGCAGUGUAUUAUGGAAUAAUAAUUGAAACAUCCUGUUUUCUGGGGUCUGAAGCAAUAUGUGGAUGCAGCAGUGCUGGAUUCUUUUUCAUUUCAGUGUUAUUAGGAACUAUACUACCAGUAAAACUGAAUUUGAGUGACUUGUGUAGAGGUUUAUUCCUUUUGUUAUGUAUACCACUAUUACACAGCUUGACCUAGUGUACUAUGGGGCCUAUUAAACUCUAAAGUUUAGAUUUUUGGAGCUUGUAUACAGGGUUAUUUAUAUAAUAAUGUGACAUUACUCAAUACUGACAAAACUACUUAGGUAGUUUUUUGGGUUUAGGGUUUUUGGGAGGGUGUGUUGGGAUUGGGGUUGUUUUUUUUGUUUUUUUUUUUUUUUUUUUCCUUUUUUUUAAAAUCUAGUGCUUUUUUAAUUUGGGAAAAACUCAGUGAUUCCUGUGGGUCCCUUCCAACCAAGAAUAUUCUGUGAUUCUGUAAUUCUGUGAAGAGGAAGAAAUGUGAUCUGUGUAUUUUCUGGUUAAGGGCCUGUGGUCUGCCUGGCUAACAGCCUUGGAGGUCAGUAAUAACACUUCCUGGUGAAAGACUAAAUGUUCCUUUUACACUACUGUUUGUUUUUCUGAAACCAGGAUUUGCUUCCUUUGGAGGCAGGUUGCUUUCAAGAGGGAUAGUGCAACUUGUAUGAGGGUUAUUAAACAUAGGAAAAAGCAUUUCUACUUGCACAGCUUAUAAAUCAUUUACUCUAAAAUUCAGAACAUGAGUUGUCUUAAAGAAUCAGACAUUUUCCAGUAAUUUUUUUAAUCCUUUUUUGUGCACAUGUUGAUUUCCUAAAUGUUAAAUGCUUUGUUUAAAAAUAGUGUUCUCUGUUGAGAAUAUUUUCAUGGAAUAAAAAAAUCUUUUCAUGGUCUAAAUAA